AGCGACUAAAAGCCCAAAAGUGUUUAUUCCUAUAUAAACCCAUACAUAAAACUAGGGUUUUAAGCACUGAAGAAGUUGUAGCUCCAGCGGCCGUUUGCAUAUCGUAGCUAACCUUCAAAGUUUCAACAAUGGCUGUCGGGAAGAACAAGAGGAUUUCCAAGGGAAAGAAGGGAGGAAAGAAGAAGGCGGCUGAUCCAUUUGCUAAGAAGGAUUGGUAUGAUAUCAAGGCUCCAUCAGUUUUUACUACCCGAAAUGUUGGGAAGACUCUUGUUACCCGUACUCAGGGUACCAAGAUUGCUUCAGAAGGACUCAAGCACCGUGUGUUUGAGGUCUCACUGGCUGAUCUUCAAGGAGGUGAUGAGGAUCAUGCUUACAGAAAGAUUCGUUUGAGAGCUGAAGAUGUUCAAGGAAAAAAUGUUUUGACCAACUUUUGGGGAAUGAAUUUUACAACUGACAAACUGAGGUCGUUGGUGCGCAAAUGGCAAACUUUGAUUGAAGCUCAUGUGGACGUAAAGACAACUGACAGUUACACUUUGAGAAUGUUCUGCAUCGGGUUCACUAAGAGACGACCAAACCAGGUUAAAAGGACUUGUUAUGCACAGUCCAGCCAGAUUAGACAGAUACGCCGAAAAAUGAGAGAGAUAAUGACUGCUCAGGCAACAUCCUGUGAUUUGAAGGAAUUGGUUCAAAAGUUCAUUCCUGAGAUGAUUGGAAAAGAAAUUGAAAAGGCAACAUCUAGCAUCUAUCCUUUGCAGAAUGUUUUCAUUCGCAAAGUCAAAAUCUUGAAGGCUCCCAAGUUUGAUCUUGGAAAGUUGAUGGAGGUUCACGGUGAUUACUCUGAAGAUGUUGGUGUGAAAUUAGAGAGGCCAGCUGAUGAGACAAUGGCUGAGUCUACUCCAGAAGUUGUUGGAGCUUGAAUUUAUUAAUGCUUUUUCUGCUUUACAGAGUUUUGUUGAUCAUUUUUGUUUUUGAGAACUUGAGUAGAGAAUUGCUUCAUGGUUUUGGUGUUAAAGAUGAUUUUUCAACUUAAUAUUGAGUGGACAAUCUGUUACACCUU